GUGACCGCGCGUCGCGCUCUGAUGCGUUUUCCGCGGCCGGCUGCUCGGCCUCGCGGGUGGCUCCGGCUGCGGCGGCUGCGAGACGCCGGGCGGGCUCGGGACGCGCCAGCGGCGGCCGAGAGCUCGGAGCUCCGAGAUGGAACCGCUGGCGCCCAUGCGACUCUACACCCUCUCCAAGCGCCACUUUGUCCUCGUGUUUGUCAUUUUCUUCAUCUGUUUUGGACUGACCGUCUUCGUUGGGAUCAAGGGACCCAGAGUGAUCCAGCAGUCUGCUGCUAAUUUCUCACUAAAUAAUAGCAAAAAGCUAAGGCAAAUUCAAAUACGUUCAAACCCACUGUCUACAUAUAACCAGCAACUAUGGCUGACAUGUGUGGUCGAGCUGGAGCCCUCAGAAGAAACGUCUAUUCAAACCAGCUUUUCCAUGACUGUGAAAGUCAAUGGUGUGGCUCAAGACGGAACCACGAUCUACAUUCACAACAAGGUUCACAAUCGAACGAGGACCCUCACGUGCUCAGGGAAAUGUGCGGAAAUCAUUGUGGCCCACCUUGGCUACCUGAAUUACACGCAGUAUACAGUGACCGUGGGAUUUGAGCACCUGAACCAGCCCAUCAGGGAGAUGAACUUCACGUGGAAGACGUACAACCCUGCGUUUUCCCAGCUGGAGAUCUGGUUCCGCUUCGUGUUUGUGGUGCUCACCUUCAUCGUCACUUGCCUGUUUGCGCAUUUCCUGCGCAAGUUCUCCAUGAGAGACUGGGGCAUCGAGCAGAAGUGGAUGUCGGUCCUCCUGCCGCUGCUGCUGCUCUACAAUGACCCGUUCUUCCCGCUCUCCUUCCUGGUGAACAGCUGGUUCCCAGGGAUGCUGGAUGACUUCUUCCAGUCUCUGUUCCUGUGCGCUCUGCUGCUCUUCUGGCUGUGCGUGUACCACGGGAUACGGGUCCAGGGAGAAAGAAAAUGCUUAACCUUCUAUUUGCCUAAAUUCUUCAUUGUUGGACUGUUGUGGCUGGCUUCCGUUACGCUGGGAAUAUGGCAGACAUUCAAUGAAUUACAUGAUCCCAUGUACCAGUACCGUGUUGACACGGGAAACUUUCAGGGCAUGAAGGUUUUCUUCAUGGUGGUAGCCGCUCUGUACAUUUUGUACCUCCUGUUCUUGGUAGUGCGGGCAUGCUCUGAGCUUCGUCACAUGCCUUACGUGGACCUCAGGUUAAAGUUCUUGACUGCACUGACCUUUGUAGUGCUUGUUAUUAGUAUCGUCAUCCUCUACCUAAGGUUUGGAGCACAAGUGUUGCAAGACAACUUUGUAGCAGAACUGUCGGCUCACUACCAGAACUCAGCGGAAUUCCUGUCUUUCUACGGCCUGUUGAACUUUUACCUGUACACGCUGGCCUUCGUGUACUCCCCAUCGAAGAAUGCGCUGUACGAGUCGCAGCUAAAAGACAACCCUGCCUUUUCCAUGCUGAACGACUCUGAUGAUGAUGUGAUUUACGGGAGCGACUAUGAAGAAAUGCCUCUCCAGAACGGCCAAGCCAUCCGGGCCAAGUACAAGGAGGAGUCGGACAGUGACUGAGCCCUGGCAGCAGAUGGGUCAGGACGGGGCCGGAGGUUUUCCCUCGUGACAUGUCCUGGUCCUUCUGCCUGUAUGUGUCUGGACUCAUCCUGGAAGCAAAGGUUUCUUGUUCCUUAUUUGUUUACAUAUUUUUAAAAAGAAAAACCAAAUGGAUUGAAAUGUUUGGUUGGAGUCUGCUGUCGGGUAGCUCCACUGUUUCUGAAGAGGCUGGCUGGUGGAGAAUCAAAGGCAGAUCCUUUCACAGAGAUACUGGACGAGAUGAAGCCUGUCUGCAAUGAUGAGGAGAAAUUACCCAUUUUAAUAAAAAGAAUUAUGUACUGUUUUCUCCUAAAAAGCAAUUUGCUAACUCUGAGUUGGUGGGAGGCCUGAUGACCGAGGUCCCAGCAUGGCCGUCUCUUCUCCAGGGCACCUUUCUGUAGCACUCUACCCUCAGUGGGAAGCUGGGCUGCACCUGCCUCAGGUGGGCAGACUGCCUCCAUCUCCACAGACACGCAUGGCCAGUGCGCUGACCCCCGAGCAUCUGGAAUGAUGGCUUUGAUGGCAUCUGGUGAGCCACACACGAUGUAGCUCUCAGGAAUGGCGGGUAGCUAGGUGGCAGUCACUACUUCCCUGGAGCAGUUGAGUCGGUGUGUGUGUGUGUGUGUGUGUGUGUGUGUGUGUGUGUGUGUGUGUGUGUGUGCCAGACUGGAGGAAGCCAAGGUGUCUACAAGUCAGUAGUCCUGUGGGCAGGGUAUUGUGCCACGGUGCUUUUGAAGGGUCUGUCCAAGAGUCGGCGUACACGAUAGGAUUGGAUCUUCUCUUCCUGUGGUAAGGAUGGAAAACAGGGUGCCCUUCCCAGUUGAAGAGUUUCUGCAACUCUGCUGAAUGUGAAACCCCAAAGAGUUCUGGUUUGGUUUUUGUUUUUAAUGAAAGCUAUGUAAAAUACUACCGUAUCAGAAAUUCUUUAUUACCAGAAGUUUUCAGUUUAACAUUUGGAACUAAAAUGAAGACAAAGUUAAACAUUCUGAAUGUCUAUGGAGACUCCUUCAGAUGAAGGAACUUACUUGACGGUUGUUCUGUCCUUGGAGUGUUGCUGUAGAAAAGGGAUGUCACCGCACUAGUGAAAUUCAACACUGGAAGUCCCGUGUGUGUUGCUGCCCUCCAUCACACUCCAUGGAGCCUCCCACUGACACACUGGUGAACACCUGGUACCGGGAGCCAUCCUGCCUGCAGACCCAGAGGCCCAGGAACAGCUGCCCGUGUUCCCUUCGUCUAUGCACCAACUCAGAUUUCUGCUCUGAGCUGCAGGUUACUGCCCAGGGAUGCCUGGAAACUUCACUCUGCCUGCCUGUCUUCUUAAACUUCAGCCUACUUUAAUAUGGAUUCCAUGUGCAUUGUUUAAAAAAGAACCUUGCAAAUAUGAACAUUUGAAUGAAAACUCUAGUUGCAAGGUGACAAGUUUACAUGAUUUUGACACUUCCGGCGCUGUGAUCCCUGAGCCGGUGUUCUCAGAGUCCUUGGAAGGUUGUUACCAACACUUCAGCACCCAGCAGACCACUGCAGCUGCUGUGUUCUAGACACUGACUUGUGCUGAUUCCAUGAUCUAAUAUGUGAUAGUUUACAUGCUCUGAUCAUUAUAAAAAAAUUCUCCAUGAUUUAGAACUCUGUUUAUCAGUCAGUGUAAGGUAUUUUAAGCAUUUAUGUAGAGACUUGCGGACUUUUAAAACUGUCCUACAGUUUAAUUAUAGACUGAUCCUCGUGUCUGUGAAACUAAAAUAAGGGAAUAAUUUUUGUUACAAACAUGAAUUAUAAGGAAGCACCUAGGGGAAGGGGGUCACAAAACUUUUCACACUUUCCUCCCUCACAUCACACACAAUCAUGGAUUAUGAACUGUGUAGACUCUGCUUACAGAUCUAGAGACUUGGGUGGGCAUACUGAAGCUGUAGGUGUUAGGUUCAAACACUAACCAGAAACUUUUGAUAGUAAUGAGAAGAUUGUUUUGCUCUAAGGGAAUUAAAAUUUUAUAAAUUUAAGUUACAAAUUCCAAGGACUGACAAGUUCUUUCAGGGUAAUGGUUUGAAUAUUACUGUCUUUGGGUAUUUUUGAUAUUGGUCCAAUCUAAGGGAACCUGGAAAAUGAAGAGACGUCUCCUGGCUUCCCCCGAGGGAGCUUCGUUAUCCUUGUGGAUAGUGAGUCUGCUUGAUUUAUUGUCAAACCAUUGUAGCAGUGACACGGUGCCUUCAAACGCCAUUUGACUGGCGAGAGGAGGGAAUGUGUGAAAUACAUCUGAGGCUCGCAAAGUGGGUCUCCAUGCAGUUACAGAUGCAGUGAGUUUACAUGUGUGACGCCAACUGCAGACUUUAUAAAACAGAUCUCACCAGGCUCAAAAGCUAAGCCACCGAAGACACAGGUAUGAUAAACAGGUUAGAAGAUAGUUACUAACUAUACAGAGAACACACCCAUGAAAGGCAGAAUUAGAAGGGCCUUCUCUGAGCACUCUGUGAUGAAGACCCGACACCUGUUGUGUGUUUGUGCAUUUGAGGGUUUAGAAAUCGGUUGCCUUACUGGUUAUAUUUCUUUUUUGGAGGGAUGGGGGAAAGGGGAGAGAGACAACUUUUCUUCAGGCCAAAGAGAAACUAAUUUAGUUUGACACCUUGCUAAACAGUUUAUCUUGGUGUUUUGGGUGCUUCUAGGUCUACUACCACCCAUGACACAUCCCGGACACAGAACAGGUGUAAUUACAUUCUAUGACACAGGGUUUUCUGCUACUGAAAAAUGCAUUUUUUUACAAAUGUCUAUAAAUAUUUGUUAAGUAAAGACACUAGGCUCUAAGUCCAGAAGGAACACAGGAACUGUGAACUAAGUUUGGGAGGAGCAGAGUCACCUGGAUAGUCAGUCAAGGAGUUAAUAAGUGCUUAUUUAUGGAAAACUCAAUAAAAGUCAUGUUUUGGGAA